UGUGUGAAGGGAGACAGGCUAGUGAUGCGUUCCCCGCUGCUGCCCUGGACUUCAGACAUCCUUGGGGGAGGCCUGCAGACAGGGAGGGGUGCCGACUCCAGGCACCACUUCCUCCCUUCGGGUCUCAGACCAUGCGCUGCCUGGCUCCAUGCCCUCUGGGGCCCCACCUGCCUGAACCCCAAGGCAGUGGGCAGCCAGGCACCAUGGAGGUGGGCCUGCCAGAGGGCGGGUACCUGGAGCUUCUCAACAGUGACACAGACCCCUUAUGCCUUUACCACAUCUGUGACCAGAUGGACUUAGCUGGAGAAGAGAUCGAGCUGUGCUCAGAAGCCGAUCCGGAAACCAUCAACUGCGACCAGUUCACUAGGCUGCUGUGUGAUGUAGAAGAGGAUGAAGAGGCUGGGGAGGCUUACGCCAACAUUGCGGAACUGGACCAGUAUGUGUUCCAGGACUCCCAGAUGGAGGGCCUGAGCAAGGACAUUUUCAUAGAGCACAUUGGACUAGACGAGGGAACAUGUGAGAGCGUAGAGGUGCCGGCCGAAGUGGGAAAGCGAAAUCAGAAACGAUCCCUCCCGGAGGAGCAGCCCCUGGACCCGAAGCGCAGGAAGCCAGCUGAGACACCUGCUGUGCCCAUCCUGACUGGCAGUUUCCUGGUAGGGCCAGUAGGGAGCAACUCUCCCCUGCUCUGCCCAUCACCUGCUCUGUUCAGCCAGGAACCAGUACCAGGCCAGGCACCCCUGGAGGGAGCUGUCCAACUGACAGCGCUCCCCUCCGGAUCCUCCAUGAACUGCUUCCAUCUUUCUGCCGGACCUUUCCAGUUCAUCUCAACUCUCCCUGCCCUGCCCCAGGGGUGCUGGCAAAUUUCAGAGUCUGGCACAAACAUCUCCGGGAUAUUUAUCUAUCAUGGUGACAUACCCCAGGCCAGCCAGGUAUUUCCUUGCCCUGGUCCUCCUGUUCAGAGCCUCCCAAAGUCCCCAGAGCGGCCAGGCUCCACCAGCCCCUUUGCUCCAUCCACGGCCGACCUGCCCAGCAUGCCUGAAGCAGCGCUGACCUCCCGUGCAGGUGUGACAGAGGAUGACAUGUCGCCCUCCCCACACCAAGGGGCUGCAGAGGUCUCUGUCAGUCUCCCAAAAUGGCCCGGGCCCGUGGAGCAGUUCUGCCGCUCUCUCCGGGACAGGUACCAGGCUGAGCCUGCGGGCCUGGAUGGCCUCCUGGUGGACGUGGACCUGGUGCGGGCCAGGCUGGAGAAGGGCAGCAACAAGAGCCAGGAGAGGGAGCUGGCUACCCUGGACUGGGCAGAGCGACAGCCGGCCCACGGGGGUCUGGCCGAGGUGCUGCUGUCCACCAGAGACCGCCGACAGCCGCGAGAAACGCACGUGAUCGCCGUGCUGGGCAAAGCCGGCGUGGGGAAGAGCCACUGGGCCCGGGCAGUGAGCAGGGCCUGGGCGUGCGGCCAGCUCCCCCAGUACGACUUCGUCUUCCACGUCCCCUGCCAUUGCCUGGACCGUCCGGGGACCACGUACCGCCUGCAGGAUCUGCUCUGCCCCGCGGGCCUGCACGCACAAGCCCUGGACGACAGGAUCCUCAGCCAUAUUGUGAGGCGGUCCAACCAUGUCCUGCUCAUCCUGGAUGGCUUCGAGGAGCUCGAAGCGCAGGACGGCUCGUGUGGACCCGUGUGCUCCGAGCCCUGCUCCUUCCGCGGGCUGCUGGCCGGCCUGUUCCAGGGGAAGCUGCUGCGGGGCUGCACGCUGGUCCUCACGGCGCGGCCCCGGGGCCGCCUGGCGCAGUGCCUGAGCAAGGCCGACGCCCUGUUCGAGGUGCCCGGCUUCUCCGCCGAGCAGGCUCUGACUUACCUACGGCGAUACUUUGAGGACACGGGGGCGACCGAGGACCAGGAGAGGGCCCUGGUGCUUCUGAGGGAGCAGCCAUUUCUCUCCAGCCACGGGCACAACCCCGCCGUGUGCCAAGCCGUGUGCCAGCUCUCCAAAGUGCUGCUGCGGGCGGGCGCCGAGGCCCAGCUGCCCUGCACGCUCACGGGACUCUACGUGGGCCUGGUGGGCCCCGCCGCCAGGGACAGCCCCCCGGGGGCCCUGGCCAGCCUGGCCGAGCUGGCCUGGGAGCUGGGCCGCAGGCACCAGAGCACCCUGCGGGAAGACCAGUUCCCCUCGGCCGAGGUCAGGACGUGGGCCGUGGCCCGGGGCUUGGUGCGGGCCGCCCCGGGCGCUGUGGAGGCCGGGCUGGCCUUUGCCAGCUUCCCGCUGCACUGCUUCCUGGGGGCCCUGUGGCUGGCCCAGAGCAGCGACAUCAAGGACAAGAAGCUGCCGCAGUACCUGGCGCUCACACCCAGGAAGAAGAGACCCUAUGACAACUGGCUGGCCGGCGCCCCGCGCUUCCUCGUUGGCCUCCUCUUCCAGCCUCGCGCCCGCUGCCUGGGAGCCCUGCUGGGGCCGGCCGCCGCCGCCGCCACCGGGGCGGACAGGAAGCGGAAAGUGCUCACGAGGUACCUGAAGCGGCUCCAGCCCGGGAAGCUGCAGGCGGCGCGGGUGCUGGAGCUGCUGCACUGCGCCCACGAGGCACAGGACCCCGGGAUCUGGCAGCACGUGCUGCAGGGGCUCCCCGAACACCUCUCCUUCCUGGGCACCCGGCUCACGCCCCCCGAUGCCCACCUGCUGGGCAGGGCCUUGGAGUCCGCAGGCCGAGACUUCUCCCUGGACCUCCGCAGCACUGGCCUUGACCCCUCGGGCCUGGGCAGCCUCGUGGGACUCUCCUGUGUCACGCGGUUCAGGGCCGCCUUGAGUGAUACCACCGGGCUGUGGGAGUCGCUGCGGCGGCGUGGGGAGACCCCGCUACUCUGUGCGGCGGAGGAGAAAUUCACCAUCGAGCCCUUCAAGGCCAAGUCCCUGAAGGACGUCGAGGACCUGGGCCACCUGGUGCAGACCCCGAGGGUGACACGUUGCUCCGACGACCCGGCCAGGGACCUGCCUGCCGUCCGAGACUUGAAGAAGCUGGAGUUUGCAUUGGGCCCCGUCCUGGGUGCCCAGGCCUUCCCGAAGCUGGCGAGGAUCCUUCCCGCCUUCUCUUCCCUUCAGCAUUUGGACCUGGACUCCCUGAGCGAGAACAAGAUCGGGGACGAGGGCGUCGCGCAGCUCUCGGCCACCUUCCCAUGGCUGAAGGCGCUGGAGACGCUCAACCUCUCCCAGAACAGCAUCACCGACGUGGGCGCCUGCCAGCUGGCGGACGCCCUGCCCGCCCUUGCCGCCACCCUCCUGAGGCUCAGCUUGUACAAUAACUGCAUCUGUGACAAAGGAGCCGAGAGCCUGGCACGCGUGCUCCCCGACAUGGAGUCCCUGCGGGUGAUGGAUGUCCAGUACAACAAGUUCACAGCUGUGGGUGCCCAGCAGCUGGCCGCCAGCCUGAGGAAGUGCCCCCACCUGCACACGCUGGCCAUGUGGACACCUACCAUUCCCUUUGGCGUCCAGGAACAUUUGCAGCAACUGGACUCGCGGAUCAGCCUGAGAUGACCUGGCUGUGCCCUGAACAAGGGCACUGACCACACUGGACUUUGACCUGAGGACUCGCACGCACGGCUGGCUGUUCUCUGGGCGCUGUCCUGUGAACCUCCUGGCUCUCAGUCCCCACUGGCUCAGCGUCGGCGCUGCCCAGCUGCAGAAUGGACCCACGUCUGGCUCUGCCGGCAGACCUAGCCUGGCGCCAGACUCCUUUGAUCCCAGGCAGAUGCCAGCUCUGCUCAGCUGCUCUGAGCCCCAGCAGGAGGUGGCACCUGAUAGGCUCUGCAGGUCGCGCUGGAGGCGGAGCCCUUCCCCGUGAGGGCACUCCAGCAGUCCCGGGCAGGCCAGAGCGAGAGACCGAGGCAGCCACACGCCUGCCUGCCUAGGCCUCAGCCUGGCAAGCGCACGUUGUCCAUCAUCAUUGACCCCAGCCAGACACCCCGACAGGCCCCGCUUGCACUCGAAGGGACCCAUGACCGCCCUGGCCUGCUGGUCCCCAAAUAACGAUGGGGUUCCAUGGCAGCUGCUAGGUCUGGCCAGAACACUGGACCAAAGCCAGGAAGCAGAGAACAGUACACUACUGGAGGCAGGAGAUGGCCGGCCCAUCUCCCACAUCUUCCCUUUCAGACCUGGCCGGCAGGUGUGGCCUUGGGUUUUAUGCCUUGAUUUCCCUUUGGGGUACCUGCUGUGCUGGGUUUAAUGUGAAUGAAGUCGCCUGCCUGUCA